AUGACAUACAACUCUAAAUACUUCCUCAGCUUCGCAGCUCUUGCGUUUGCCACCACCAAUGCCCUUCUUGUCACCCCGACCGACGAUGCAACAGCACUAGCUAAUGCCGUGCUCGGCCCCGGUAUCACUCUCGUCUCAGCUACAUACAGUGGAGCUGUCGGCAGCUCCGGCACCUAUACCGAUGGACCGCUGGGUAUCCGCGACUCCAUCGUUAUGACCUCAGGGAAUGCAAUCGACACCGUCCCCGGACCUGGUACCAGCGGAGAAAUAUCCAAAGACCGUAGCACCCCCGGUAGUGCACUCUGCCAGUCCCUCAACGGCGGCGUACAAACGUACGACGCUGCGGUGCUCAGCAUGGACGUCGUUCUCGACCCCGCUUAUUCAGGCUUCUUCACGGAGUUCGUCUUUGCCAGCGAGGAGUACCCCGAGUGGGUGGGUAGCGACUUCAAUGAUGUGUUUGGCAUCUGGAUCGACGGUAAUCAGAUUGCGGCGGACUCGAAUGGUGCCCUGAUCACCAUCAACGGGGGUUUCUUCUCGAGUGGGAAUGUGGUGACGCCGCCGGCUUCGGGGUCGAGCUUUGAUGGAUCUACGCCGUUGCUGAGGGCGGGCGGGUCGGUGAUAGCUCCGGGUGCUCACACCAUUCAAGUGGCUAUCUGUGAUACGGCAGAUUCGCUCUUGGAUAGCUCUGUCUUUCUUACCCUGGGGGCUUGCACGGAUGCCGAGAACUGCAAGACUGGAGCUGUUGUCGCCCCGCCGGUAACAUCGACUUCUACAACAUCGACCUCAACCACCUCUACGAGUGUGAUAUCAAACACCACUAUCGUUGCCUCGGUCACGACAGUCCCUGUUAACACUAGCACUGUUGUGCUUCCCCCCAUCAGCUCUAUCAUCCCGACAACUAACGUUACGCUCCCCGAGGUUACAAGCACCACUGUCACCGCUGUCCUGCCCAUCGGCACAAACCCCACUGCUCCAAUUGUCACGGGCCCCACCAGCUCCGUGCACACAUCCAGUGUGACUGCCCCAUACGGCAACAGCACUAUCAUUGUUCCCCCAACCGGCACUGGAAGCAGCGUCGUUGUUGCCCCAACUGAGAUUAGAACCAGCAUCACCGCCGCCCCAUUGCCUACCGACGAGGAGGGAGCCCCAUGCGUGACGUACACCUCCUACAUCACCAAGACCCUCACCAAGUGUGAUCAGACCGCCUGCCACGCCACCACAACCGUCAAGCCUACAGUCGUCACCUCAACCCUGCACCUGACCGUCUACACUCCCUGCUCGACCGUCACCGUCAGCAAGUGCGCGGGCUCGGACUGUGUGACUUACACUAACACUGUCACGUACCCGGCGGUCACUGGAUACCCCCCAGUCCCGACCUUUGAGGCACCUGCCCCGUCCACCGUGACCCCUGUCUCUGCUUGCACUCCGGGUGUGAACUGCCCCCACGUCCACCCCGCUUCCUCUUCAGGUGUUGUUGUCCCAUCCGCUCCAGUUGUCGGCGCACCAGGCGCUCCCGCUUCAUCUGCGGGCGUUGCUGUCCCAUCUGCUCCUGCCGCCUGCACUCCUGGUGUCGACUGCCCCCACGGUCACCCCGUCUCUUCUGAGGGUGUUGCUGUCCCAUCUGCUCCUGCUACUGGCGCACCAGGUUCCCCGGCUACAUCUGCUGGCAUCGCUGUUCCGUCUGCCCCCAGUGCCCCAGCUUCCUCUGCUGAUGUCGCCGUUCCGUCUGCUCCUGGCGCUCCGGCUUCAUCUGCGGACGUUGCUGUCCCAUCUGCUCCAUCUGCAUGCACUCCCGGUGUCGACUGCCCUGACCCGGCUUCUGUCACCGGAGGCCCAGUAGUCUCCCCUGUGGCAGUUCCCGCCGUCCACAACACAACCACCGUCUCCGCUGUCAACAGCAUCACCUCCACCAGCUCUUCCACCAGCUCUUCCACCAGCUCUUCCACAAGCUCUUCCACAAGCUCUUCCACCAGCUCUCACAGCACCACAACCACCAAGACCACAACUCACCCAGUACAGCCCACCACUACACCUGCCGGAGCCCUCUUUGAGGGUGCCGCCAACAGGGUACAGGGUGCCGCCGGUGUGAUGGUUGGAUUGAUGGUUGCCGGGUUCGUGGCUCUCUUCUAG